AUGUCAUCCCCCUCAACCCGCCGCCUCCUAAAAGAAAGCACCGACCUCCACAAAAACCCAAGCCCAUACUUCACAGCCGCCCCAAUAAGCGACACAAACCUCCACGACUGGCACUUCACUCUCGCCGGACCCCCCUCCCCAUCCCCCUACGCCCAAGGCCUCUACCACGGCCGCAUCACCUUCCCAGCCACAUACCCACUCCGACCUCCCUCCUUCCGCUUUCUCACACCUUCCGGCCGCUUCGAAGUCAACCGCGAAAUCUGUCUCAGCAUCUCCGGCCACCACGAGGAGACAUGGCAACCGGCUUGGGGAGUGCGCACUGCACUACUGGGUAUCCGUUCCGAGAUCUUCGGUUCGGAGAGUCAGGGUCAGGUUGGGGGCAUGGAGGGAAGUGAGGAGCUGCGGAGGGAGUAUGCGCGGUUAUCACUUGACUGGUCUUGUCGGGAGUGUGGGGUUGGGAAUCUUGAGGCUAUGAGGGAGUUGUGGAGUGUUUGUCGGGAGCGCGGGGUUGAGAUUGAGGGUGAGGUUGCUGCUGUUGAUGGGGGUGAUGGUGUCGAGGGCCAGCGGGAGACGGCUGAGGCUGGGCCUGAUGCUCUGGCUCCGGCUUCUAGUGCCAAUGAUCUUCCUAUUGGUAUUGAGGACCAGACUACAGGGGAUGGUGCUGUAGAGAGUACCCCGGCUGUGGAAUCUGUUCCGGUUCCUUCUGCGUCUGCACCGGUGCCCGCGGUACAGGCACAGGCACAGGCACAGGCACAGGCACAGGCACAGGCACAGACACAGGCACCGCUAUCUACUAUACAAACACCGGCUGUUAUUCCCACACGGACGAGCUCCUCGCAAUUAGCUUCAACGGAGUCUUCAUCGGAAGGUGUCUGGCUGGACCGGGCUAUCAUUGGUGUGAUCGUUGCUCUUGUCUUGUUGAUAUUGCGCCGAGUGGCGAACGUCGACGAUCUAUAA